ACUUCCGCUGCUCACUCUCCCAUCAUCGCAGCGCAAUAUGCUUUGAAGCCGAAGUUUCUCCGCUUCUACUGUUCCUUCUGCCGCUUCUUGCUCUCUUGUCCGUUAUCUUCCUUCUUGCACCAUCCUCUGGGGCUGUUGGUGGUAGUGCUCUGCAGUCGAGGGCCGAGGUGCCAAAACUAGAAGGCUGCCUGUCCUUGCUCUUGCGCGUCUGGGAUUCAACGACUCCGUGCUCGCUUGGUGGUGUUUCGCUUUGGGAAUGCAAAUCCCGUAGAGUAGAGUCGUGGAGUGAACUCGAUGGAUGCUGCGUUUCUGGUGCCGGUGAAGCGGACAGAGCACGUCGUCGUGACGCCCAAGCCGCCCCUUGCGUCGCGACCGAAGCGCCGCCCCGGCGACGUGCCCGCCGCGGCGCCACGGCCGCGUACAGUACGUAUCUUCUGCGACGACUACGACGCCACCGACUCCUCCGGAGACGAGGGCGAGUGCUGCUACUCCCGCCUCCGCGUCCGUCGGUACGUCCAGGAGAUCCGGUUCGAUACCCGCCCUGCCCGUGUCGGGGCCACGCCCGCCGCGGAGGCCGGGAAGAAGCGGAAGGCUGGUGCCGCUGCGGCUGCCUGCGGCGAUGGGAGCGUACAGAGAUUCCGCGGCGUCCGCCGGCGGCCGUGGGGGAAGUAUGCCGCCGAGAUCCGGGACCCUUGGCGGCGCGUACGGGUGUGGCUAGGCACGUACGACACCGCUGAGGAGGCCGCUAAGGUCUACGACUCCGCCGCCAUCCAACUCCGCGGCCCCGACGCCACCACCAACUUCGCCCGCCCCCCGGCCGGCGCCGCCGCCACCACGACCCAUCCCUCUCCUCCUCCGCCGCCCAAGAAGAACCUAUCGGAGAACUACCUCACCUCCGUCUCGGGCGGGUACGAAUCCGCCGAGGAGUCGCACAACCUCUACUCCCCGACCUCCGUCCUCCGCGGCUUCUCCUCGUCCUCCUCCUGUUCCACCUCCGCGGCCAAGGCCAACGACACAGAGGAGAAGCCGAAACCGCCGGCGACGGGCAUUGCGUCCAGCUCACCGGUGGAGCCUGGCGGGUUCCUGCAGUUCGAGGAGGAGACGCUCUUCGAUGGCUUGCUCAGCUUCUUCGACGACGAGUCGGCACCGGUCGGCGUCCUUGCCGAGGACUUGAGCGCCGCCUUCAUCCACGACUCGGGACUCGACCUCCUCGAGCCGUCGUCGACGUGGCCAGCGGGAGACGAUUUUUUCGCAGACAUCGGCGACUUGUUCCCGAUCGAGCCCCUUCCCGCCGCAAACUAAGCCUUCUUCGAGCUCGCGAAUCGCGCCGAGAUUAGUCGGUCGAUUUUUUUCCUUCGGGAGCCCCAAAAAAAUGGGGGGCUUCAGUUUCCUUUUUCUUUUUAUUCUCCUUCUAUUUAUUCCUCUUUAUUUUCCCUAUUCGUAGUGGCUUUCUUAAAAUCACUCCGUCUCUUAAGUGGAUGAUGUAACGCAGUCACUAGAAAAUUGCUAAUAACAACAAUUAAUAUGAGGCUUAUGGUAUUA